GGCUACUUAAAAUUAAUCCUGGAAUUUACCAUGUUGAUACAUGUAAUAUUUUGCAAAGAAAUAAGUGAGAAUGUCUUUCAAAAGAGAAUCUAAUGACGGAAGUUCUCUUAAUUCAUUAAGGCAAAGACGAAUCAGGGACCUGCUAGCUGUUGACAUCCCUGAAGAUGAAGCCACCCUGCUAAGCAAUGGAAGAUUUGCAUGUGUCGUGUGCCACCAUAAGCCUGUGUUUGACACAGUCGACAUGUUGGCAGUUCAUCGCAGUGGGAAGAGACAUGAAGCCAGUCUACAGCAUCACGAGGAGAAGAAGGCAGAACUGCAGGAACUCAUCAGGAAGAGGAGGCACGAGGCGUUCGUCAAGACAGGGUCCAGUGAAAUCAAGAUUGCCAGUACACACUUCAAGGGCAUCGGCAGCAUUGCACCAUAUGAUCCUAGAGUAAAAAAGAAAGUGAAGCCUUACGACCGCAAACCUAAGCUGAGCUUGUCCUCAACACCACAAGCCACACAGUCUAGGGCACUGCCAGGAAACAGGGCCAUUGAGGCAAUACAGAGUCAGGGCCUGCUGAAACAUCCUAAGCAGCUUAAAAAAAUAUUUGAAAGCCCUGACUCUGAAUUUGUAUUAAAACCAUACCAAAGAAAAUCAGAAAUGCUUGGUGACAAUCAGAACCUUGUGAAUGAGGCGAAGACUGAUUCAGAAUCGGGCUGGAAUAGUGGACAAAAUGGCCACCUGGUGACCCAUGCUGGCCGAAUGGAGGGUGAGAGAGCAGCAGCCCCACCCGCUCCUCCCCCCGAGCCAGGGGGGUCAAGCAAAGACAGUACAGUGACAAAAGAAGACAAGGAUAGAGAAACAGUUCCUUCAGAGAAGAAGGAAUUAGCAGAAAAAUAUUGGCAGAUGGCUGGAUCGGGCUGGCGGAAGGACUGGGAUGGGAAGUGGAUCCGAGAUGAUGACUGUGAGUUUGACUCGGACGAGGAGCCACCUGACUUGCCAUGAUGAACUGAUGCUGAAGAUGCUGGCCAUGAAGGAAGACUAUGGAACAUAUUUAGGAAUAUCAUGAGAUUGGCAGAACUGUCAGUGAAAGGCAUAAUUCGUGACAUUUGAAGCCUAUUCUUGUUGUGAACUGCAAUAUUAUUGCAUUAAAAAGUGGUGACCCUGCUUUGUGUCAAGUGGUGGGUUUUGUCCAGCUUAUAUCAUCCUUAAUAAGUUGCAGACUAUGAUGCCAAUAUCAAACAUUUUGCAAACUUUAUGACUGUAUCAAACAUUGAAAACUGUUGCUGUACAUGUGUGUUUAUGCAUUGUGGAGAUUGUGCAACUACCAGCGAAGUAUGUAAGUCUUUAAAUUUUCAGACUGUGAGGCCAAUAUCAAACAUUUUGCAAACUCUAUGACUGUAGUAAACAUUGAAAACUGUU